GGCGGAGUCUGCGCUCGGGUUCGGGCUGCGGCUGCGGCUGCGGCUGCGGCUGCUGCUGCUACACUUCUAGCUUAAGGGAAGGAGGCCGAGGCCUGGGCCAAGCCCGGAGCGGCCGCUCGCCGGAGCCUCCUGGAGCCUCCGCGCCGGCUCAGCCUGGGGGCGGGCUCCGGUCCGGCCCGCCGCCGCACCCAGGACGGAGGCUGCAUGCCCGAGGACCAGGCCGGCGCAGCCAUGGAGGAGGCAUCUCCCUAUUCCCUACUUGAUAUCUGCUUGAAUUUCUUGACUACUCACCUUGAGAAGUUCUGUUCAGCCAGACAAGAUGGAACAUUGUGUCUGCAGGAACCUGGAGUAUUCCCACAGGAGGUGGCUGAUCGACUGCUUCGGACCAUGGCUUUUCAUGGUCUACUGAAUGAUGGAACUGUGGGUAUUUUUAGGGGCAACCAGAUGCGCUUAAAGCGAGCCUGCAUUCGCAAAGCAAAGAUUUCUGCUGUUGCUUUCCGGAAAGCCUUCUGCCAUCACAAGUUAGUGGAACUUGAUGCCACAGGUGUGAAUGCUGAUAUCACAAUUACAGACAUUAUCAGUGGACUUGGCAGUAACAAAUGGAUCCAGCAGAAUCUCCAGUGCCUGGUGCUGAAUUCAUUAACUCUCUCCCUCGAGGAUCCUUACGAGCGGUGCUUUAGCCGGCUUUCUGGCCUUCGAGCUUUAAGCAUCACCAAUGUUCUCUUUUACAAUGAAGACCUGGCUGAAGUUGCCUCGUUGCCAAGAUUAGAGAGCUUGGAUAUUUCUAACACCUCGAUCACAGACAUCACUGCUCUACUGGCCUGCAAAGACCGACUCAAGUCUCUAACCAUGCACCAUUUGAAAUGUUUAAAAAUGACAACCACCCAGAUACUGGAUGUAGUUCGGGAACUCAAACAUCUGAAUCAUCUUGAUAUCUCAGAUGAUAAACAGUUUACAUCAGACAUAGCUCUUCGCUUACUGGAACAAAAAGACAUCCUACCCAACCUUGUUUCUCUGGAUGUUUCUGGGAGAAAGCACGUGACAGAUAAAGCUGUUGAAGCCUUUAUACAACAACGUCCAAGCAUGCAGUUUGUAGGUUUGCUGGCUACUGAUGCUGGUUACUCUGAAUUCCUCACAGGCGAAGGACAUUUGAAGGUGUCUGGAGAAGCCAAUGAAACUCAGAUUGCAGAAGCACUGAAGCGUUACAGUGAACGGGCAUUCUUUGUUCGGGAAGCUCUAUUUCAUCUUUUUAGUCUGACUCAUGUGAUGGAAAAAACAAAGCCAGAAAUUUUAAAGCUUGUGGUUACUGGGAUGAGAAACCACCCUAUGAAUUUGCCAGUGCAACUGGCUGCAAGCGCCUGUGUAUUUAACUUAACCAAGCAGGAUCUUGCUGCAGGAAUGCCUGUCCGACUCCUGGCUGAUGUGACCCAUUUGCUACUCAAAGCCAUGGAACAUUUUCCCAAUCACCAGCAGUUACAGAAGAAUUGCCUCCUUUCACUUUGCAGUGACCGGAUCCUUCAAGAUGUUCCAUUUAACAGGUUUGAAGCAGCCAAGCUUGUCAUGCAGUGGCUCUGCAACCAUGAGGAUCAAAACAUGCAAAGGAUGGCAGUUGCUAUCAUUUCCAUCCUGGCUGCCAAGCUUUCUACAGAACAAACUGCACAGCUUGGUACUGAGCUCUUCAUUGUCAGGCAACUUCUUCAAAUAGUGAAGCAGAAAACCAAUCAAAAUUCAGUGGACACUACGUUGAAAUUUACUUUGAGCGCACUUUGGAACCUCACAGAUGAAUCCCCGACCACUUGUAGACACUUUAUUGAAAACCAAGGGUUAGAGCUCUUCAUGAGGGUUCUAGAGUCUUUCCCAACUGAGUCAUCCAUUCAGCAGAAAGUUCUAGGACUUUUGAACAAUAUAGCUGAAGUACAAGAAUUGCAUUCUGAAUUAAUGUGGAAAGAUUUUAUAGACCACAUCAGUAGUCUUCUACACAGUGUGGAAGUGGAAGUCAGUUACUUUGCAGCUGGAAUUAUUGCCCAUUUAAUAUCCAGAGGUGAACAAGCUUGGACAUUGAGUCGUAGCCAGAGGAAUUCUCUGCUGGAUGAUUUGCAUUCAGCUAUUUUGAAAUGGCCAACUCCAGAGUGCGAGAUGGUAGCAUACAGGUCCUUUAAUCCAUUUUUCCCAUUACUUGGAUGUUUCACAACACCAGGAGUCCAGCUAUGGGCAGUUUGGGCCAUGCAGCAUGUCUGCAGCAAGAAUCCUUCAAGGUAUUGCAGCAUGCUGAUUGAAGAAGGAGGACUGCAGCAUUUAUACAACAUCAAAGAUCAUGAACAUACUGAUCCCCAUGUCCAACAGAUUGCUGUGGCCAUUCUGGAUAGCUUAGAAAAACACAUUGUGCGCCAUGGGAGGCCACCUCCCUGUAAAAAACAGCCCCAAGCCAGACUAAAUUGAUAGCCAUAAGUAUUGGAUAAUUGAAUUACAGGAAUCCUUUUUGUGAUUGGUCCAUUUGGAAUAUCUUACCGUCCGUGAUGUUUUGGGGGUUUCUAUGACCGGAGUCAUAAAAUCAGUUUGGGAUUGGUAAUGUAUAGUACUGCCCAUGUGAACAGUCCCUAAUUUGUCUUGUGAUUUUUAACUUAUGAGUCAAGAAGGGUCUCUUCCUUUAUCAUUGCCUUUUAGGAAAUUUUCCACAUCUUUCAGUGUUUGAACUUACUUGUGCUUGAGAUUCUACAGUUUUAUGGUAAAGUUUGCACGAACCCUCAGGCCAGACUUUUCGAGUCCCUUCCAGUCAAUUUGCAGCUUCACAUAAGCUGUUGACCUGAUUUCUGACACUGCUUCAGUUGUAAAUUUUAUACUGCUUCUGUAUAAAAUGGCUUUCUUCUCUAUCUGUGUAUCUUUUAUAAGAUGUCCUUCUUAGUGUGAAAGAAGGGAAAUGUGGAUCAUCUUGUGGAAGCUAAUCACUGGCAGGAGCCUGGAUGGCUGGUGGAAAGAUGUAUGAGAAAGAAAAACUAUGAAAGGAGAACGGAGUGUAGGAACUGGGAAUUGCUUUCAUGGUGUAGAUUUUAAAAUGAGACAGGCUACCCUUCAGGAGUCUACCUCUCUUGAGGCAGUGAGCAGAAGCUUGUUCUCCAUAUUUAUACCUAGAAGCAUGGACUGCUGCUUCCUGCACAGACUGCUGGUUAUUCUCUAGGAAUAUUUCCCCAAGCACCACAGUAUAAAAUAUUACAGCACUCUGUGUUAAAGACUGUCUACAUCUCCCUAUGUCGUAUUGUUGUGAAAAUGUGAUUUUAAAAAAUUAUCGCCAGUCAAAACUGGCUAUUCUUUUCCUCUAUUUCAAAAUCAUUUUUGUUCAGUGGAAUAGAGUCAACAACAUGGUGUUAACCUCUCAGUUAAAAUACAAUUGACACCAGUAAAUUUUGCCAUGAAAAGUUAAAAUCUCUUGUUCAAAAUAUGUCUAUCUUCUUAAUGUGUUCAUGUUGGAGAAAGUGUCCCCGUCUGCCAAAAAUGAAAGAAAAGAAUUAAACUUUUUAAGUGGUUAAA